CACUGAAACUCAGCUUCUUUUUCUUCAUUAGGUUGAGGGGACCUUUCCUGAUGGAACAAAAUUAAUCACCAUUGAUGAUCCUAUUGCUAAAAACGAUGGAAACUUGGAGCUAGCUUUACAUGGUCAUUUCCUUCCAGUUCCUUCUCUAGACAAGUUUUUGGGAGCCGAAAAUUAUUUAGUUCCUGGUGAAAUAAGGUUUGGAGGUGGAGAUAUUAUGAUCAAUGCUGGAAGGAGAACUGUGAUUCUUCGUGUCGUUAAGACUGCUGACCGGCCAAUCCAGAUUGGAAGCCAUUAUCACUUCAUUGAGGCAAACCCCUACUUGGUUUUUGAUCGAGAGAGAGCAAACGGUAUGCGGCUGAAUAUUCCUGCAGGAAACGCUAUCCGAUUUGAGCCAGGGGAGACGAAAAGUGUUAUACUUGUAAGCAUUGGGGGUCGUCAAGUGAUCAGAGUUAGAUUUUAG